UGGCAAAUCAUUUUCUCAGCCUUCUUCUUAAAAGGGCACAAACGUACUCAUACAGGAGAGAAGCAAUAUCAAUGUGAUAUCUGUGGUGAAUCAUUCUCUGAAAAUAGCCAUUUAACCAGACACCUACGUAUUCAUAUAGGAGAGAAGCCAUAUUGUUGUAAUAUCUGUGGUAAAUCAUUCACUUACAGUAGUGACUUACCUAAACACAAACGUAUACAUACUGGGGAAAAACCAUAUCACUGUGAUAUCUGUGGUAAGACAUUUUCUGAUAAUAGCAAUUUGAUCAGUCACAAACGUAUUCAUACAGGAGAGAAGCCAUAUCAUUGUAAUAUCUGUGGUAAAUCAUUCUCUCACAGUAGUGACCUGCACAAACAGAAGAUAUAA